AUGAUGAGAGAAACCCAGAGCAUGCUUUUGGAAAGAAUAGCUAGUGAAAUGAAUCGACUCAAGUUCUAUACGGCUCAUGCACAGUAUUGUGCAAUUAAGCGUAGUAUCCUGGAGAUCAAAUCUGGCUAUGAGUAUGGGGCUUCAGAAGAUAUACAGAACCUGCCUUUCAUUGAGAACAUGGAGAAGAGGAUUCAGAGCGCUGGUUUGUUAUUGGAUCCUAGCCUGGGUCAUUGCUUCAUUGACGGACUAAACAACAGCGACACAAGCGUCCUUUACAACUGCCUACGUGCAUACGCUGCCAUUGAUAACACAAAGAAUGCAGAAGAAAUUUUCCGUACAACGAUUGUGGCUCCAUUUAUACGUAAAACAUCAGCAGAUGCUGCUGGAACAUCGGGAGAUGAACUUGAAAACAAUUACAAACAGAUCAAGCAUUAUAUUGCAAAGGACUCCAGACAAAUCGGGCACUCACCAAGCAAUAAACCACUGCCUGUUAGGCACUCACCAUACGUCGUUGGACUACUGCGUCCUCUAAAGGCCUUUUUGGAGGGAGAUAAGGCUAGAGAUUACUUGACCCACGAAACAAGGGAGGAGUUAUUGCUUGGCACUGUCACUGAAAUUGCCAGGCGGUAUUAUGAAUUAGCCGCUGAACUUGUUAGCGGGGCGACAAAUAAAGAGACGGUUCUUCAGAAAUUCCGACAAAAUGCACAGAAACGAGCAGGCGCAGCAUCAGGUGUAUCUGACCAGAAUGUAUCUCAAAAAGACAAGAUGUGUGUGCAGUUGUUCCUUGAUCUUCAGGAGUUUGGCCGAAACAUUUCUGCUUUGGGAUUAAAUCCGGCAGAUAUCCUGCCUUACUGUUCCCUCUGGCAAUGCGUUGCACCUGCGGAUAGGCAAAACACAAUUAGUGUUUGA